UUAUUUGAGUCAUCGAAUUGUGAAGGCGCCGAAUUCUAAAUAAAUUUACUAUUUUGGUGCAGACUCAUCUUGGUGGUUGAAAAAUGGCGGUUUAGUUAUUAAAAAUAAUAGUUUUUUUAAGAUGUUUUCCUUAAUGUGAUUUAAGGUUUUCUAGUGGGAGCAAUAAGUAAUAGCUUGUGGAAAAGCAUUUUGACUGAGCAUUAAAAGCAUUUUGUUCAUCUGAACUGAUAGAAUAUUUAAUGAGACAAAUGAAUGAUUAUAUAUAUUCAUCUAUGCUUAGAAUCAGAUGAAUAUUUUUCAGAUAAGGCAAAGACUAUUGUUACUAAUUAGUCAUAAAAAGAUAAGGCAAUUUAGACGUACCUUGUUGGGCGAGGGCAACAAUUUCACUCAGGGGUGUUGGAAUGUAAAGAAGCCAUAUAUCGUUAUGGAGAACUACAUGAUUUCUUGUCAAAAACGAAUUUCUAAAAACAGAAGGAAUUUUUCUGCUGUUUAGGAGUUCGGGUGAGAGCUCUAAUUUUCGAAUAGUCAUUCCACUCAGUCCUGUUCUGAUUGCGAUCCGACCUCCAGAUAAGAGCUCCUUUUUCCCUAAAGGAAUUGGUAGGAAAAAGGUCUUCGUCAGGAAGAGAACAUCUUUAAAAGGAAAACAGAAACAGUAGACUAGAUUCUAAGCAGAAGCCCAUGGCUCCACCUGAUGUGACAUUCAUUUUCGCCGAAGAUGUUGUUGAAUGGGAUGCUUACUUGACUCGUCAAUUCGAAGGGAGUGGCACGAUAAUCCAGCACGAACAGGUGGAAAAAAUGACUUUUCCUUUGCCCUGCUUAAAAGCGCCAGUGUUUAGUGAUGCUCGUGUUGUCCUAGUCAUCCUUUCUCCAGCCUUUUUACAUUUCCUCGAUAAUCAUGCGACGGAGAGUUUCCAGUUUACAAAGUUGCUGAAACCAAGUAAAACCAUAGCUAUGUUGUGCGGCGUUUCGUCCUCUAGCAUUGCCGACGUGAAAAAUGUGCUUGUGUCUUAUAAUGACUGGCGCCAUCUAGAGGCAAAAGAUAAAGAUAUUAAUAUGGUCCGUGAUGUUAUUGAAUUAAUUCAAGAGAUACUUCUCAAAUCCAAGGAAAAUGAAAGGAUUAAUAAACCAAAAUUCAAACUUGUCCCCAGGAAGGUGCAAGAAGGUAACGGUAAAGUUUAUGUUAUGUUAGCCCGUCCUCUGGAUGAAAAUACUUAUGUACGAAUAACUUUGGAAUCUAACGGUGCUCGGGAAGUUCCAGUGAAGAAAAGAAAUCCAUAUACCCUUGUGUUUGUUAUUCCAGAUGAUUUUAUGCAAGCACAAACCAUGGUAAAUGUCCAUGUUUGGCUUGGAGAAGAUUUAUUGGGUGUCAGUCCUGUGAAAUGUGUGUCAAAAAUGGUUGAAUUGUACAGCCUGCUUAUGUCUGUGGUGUCUCCAUAUGAAUUUUUGUGCAGUACAUUAGGAGUGGCUACUUUGCACGAUGCUGAUACUUUGUUAGCCAAAUUGUUUAAGAAAAACUUGCCAAAAGCAGGUUUUGAACUAUUAGAGCAUGAUGUUAAACAUGACAGAAUAAAAGCUAAGGAAGAAUUCCCCUCAUUAUUACAUUUUGCUGCUUGCCAUGGUUUAUAUGAGUUAGUUAAAGAAUUACUUGCAUGCCCUGGUUCUCAAACAGCCUCAAAUAUGAAGAAUGCAAGAGGUUUAACUCCAGCUCAGUUGGCUAAUCAUGCAGGUCAUAAUGAUGUUGCUGCUGUUAUUGAUGAAUUUUUGAAACCUGCGCACUGUGAAGAAAAAUUGAAUUUUGAAAUACCUGUGAGCCAUAAUCAGAAUGUAAUUGGUGAGUUUGUGCACUAUUUAUGCAUAUUAGCUUCUCUGAAUGAGUGAAUACUCUAAUACUGUGAGUUUGAGGAAAACUUUUCUAAUGCUGCGUGUGGAAAAAACAAUGUUUAUACAGUAAAAUUCUGGUAAUCCAUGAAUACCUGUUAUCUGCAUAUUUUGGAUAUAAACAAAUGAAAUGAAAAUUCAGUAUGGUGGCAAAUUUAAACAAAGAAAUGAAAAUUCAAUGUGGUGGUAAAUUUUAUUAGCAACUUUUAUUAUAUAUAUGUGUGCAUGUAAAUACAUCUUUUAAUAAUAGUACUCUACAUUAACAACACAUUUUGGCUGAAAAAGUAAAUUUUAUUGAUGAAGUUAUUAGCCUUUUUUGCAUGUGGAGUAAGGCUUUUAUUAUUACUGUUAUUAUUAUGCACAGAUCGUAUAGUGAAUCUCUGCAAAUAUUUCAUUUUAGAUAAAUCACUACAUUUUGGUAUAUAUUCUGUGAUAUCUUUCAAAAUAAACUUUGUAUAUGUAUGGCAAAUAUGUAUUAUGAAUUUGCCCCUUCUUUUUCAGAUCUUCAGUUAACUUUAAAUGUAUUAUUGCUAAGCCUGUAAUAGCUAGUAUGUUAACAGUUUGCAAAAAUUGAAUCGAAAUAAUUGCUUAAAAAUGGCAUUUCGUGAAAUUUCCCUGUCUUGUGAAACAGAAAAGCUUCUAAGAAAAAGAGAAUGAAGAAUUGAAGAAUAAAGAAUUUUUUUAAUAAUUCUAAAAUUUCAAUUUUAGCACUUAAAUUGCUAAUGGCACAUAUGUGAUGAAUAAGCAAUGACAGAAAUAGUGUACGGAUUAGGGGAAACCUAAGAUGGAGUUUUUGAAUUAAAGUUUGUUUUCAUUUAAGAGCAUAAAAUUUAUUUCAAAAGUAAUUCCUCUGUACAUGAUUUUAUUUGUAUGAAAUGCUUUAAUGCAUUUUUAUAAAAGAGUUCUUUCAGUCUUCUGAAAAAUUACCUAUAAUUUAUUCUGUGGUGAUAGUGAUAAAGAACACACUUUAUGCCCACAAUGCUGCAGAUGUAUGUCAAGCCUAAGGUGAAGUUUUUGUAGAAGUGUAGAGAAAGCAGAUACUGUCUGUUAAAUAAACUGAUAUCAUAUGAAAAAGGAAGUCAAAAAAUAA